AUGGGCGGCGAGUCACGGUACGAGAUCGAGCAAAAUGCGUACAUCAAGCUGGUCCUCCAUGCCCUAAAGCACAAGACCUCCGCCGUCAAUGGCGUCCUCCUCGGCCGCAUCUCCUGCGGCGACACCUCCAACCCCGUCGUCGAAAUCGUUGAGUCCGUCUCUCUCUUCCACUCCCAAAUCGGCCUUCUUCCUCCUCUCGAAAUCGCCCUAAUUAUGAUAGAGGAGUAUUAUACAGCUCAAGGUUUGAGUGUUGUUGGUUAUUUUCACGCCAAUGAGAGAUUCGAUGAUUCCGAGCUAGGUAAUGUCGCCAAGAAUAUUGGUGAUCACAUUACUCGAUAUUUCCCCCAAGCUGCUCUUCUUUUGUUAGAUAACAAAAAACUUGGAGCUUUAGCAAAGGCGAAGGAUCGGAGCCCUGUGAUGCAGGUGGGUUUUGCCCUUUUUCCAUCGUCAUUGGUCAAUGAUUGCGGGAAUUUGCUUUACACGAAGGAUGCAACUAGGAGUUGGAAGCUAGUUGGAUCAGAGGGGAGCAACCGGCUGAGCAUCAAGGAGCCAUCUGCAAAUAUUCUCCUGUUGGAUUAUGUUUCUUCUGAGAAGUGGAAGGACAUCAUAGAUUUUGAUGACCACCUUGAUGACAUUAGCAAGGACUGGUUAAACUCAGAACUCUUCAAUGGGGAAGAAAAAUCGAUUCAUGGAAACUAUUUUUCUGUCAUAGGUUGCCAAUUAAAUGACGAUGACCAAUUCUAUGCAAUCUUUGUGAUGAUGAAUUGGCCUAUACUGAUUCUCAAAAAAAAAAACCAAGAAUUGGCCUAUCCUGUGGGCGAACAGUGGCCUUUUCUUGUGACUCAUGAAACAAAGUGUAGUUCAGAGUCUUCAGACUCAUGUAGUUCAGAGUCUUCAGACUCAUCAAGCCUGUUAGAUAACAAAAAACUUGGAGCUUUAGCAAAGGCGAAGGAUCGGAGCCCUGUGAUGCAGCUUUACACGAAGGAUGCAACUAGGAGUUGGAAGCUAGUUGGAUCAGAGGGGAGCAACCGGCUGAGCAUCAAGGAGCCAUCUGCAAAUAUUCUCCUGUUGGAUUAUGUUUCUUCUGAGAAGUGGAAGGACAUCAUAGAUUUUGAUGACCACCUUGAUGACAUUAGCAAGUGA